AUGACUCAAAGACGUCCAUCGAACGCGUAUCCUUGGUUUCAAAGAAAACUUCGUGUUACUAAUCCGUUUCCAAGAUUUGGUCAUUCUACUAGCGAUGUCGCAGUUAAUAAUGAAUUAUUUAUCUUUGGUGGAAAUUUUCAAGGUCAAGCAACAAAUGAAGUUUUUGUAAUCGAAACAAGCACGUUGAAUGUGCUAAACUUUGUUACUUCAGGUGAUGUACCUCCUCCACGAACAGGUCACACUCAUGUUAAUAUGGGAUCAAAUAUGAUCGGACCAUUACCGUCCGGAAGGCAUGGUCAUUCUGUCACUAUGAUUGGAACAAAGAUGUAUAUUUACGGUGGUCAAUCAGAAGAUCGUUAUUUAAAUGAUUUUAUUGUUUUUGACAUGGAAAAAUAUAAUUCUUCAAGUGCAAGCUGGGAAUUUAUUGUACCAAAAGGUUUAACUCCACCUGGAAGAACUGCUCACAUAACUUGCGCAUAUGGAGAUAAAAUUUACAUGUUCGGUGGUAUGGAUGAUGAAAGGUGCUACAACGACAUGUGGUGUUACGAUAUACAUGACAACACGUGGACACAAUUGAGUUGUGUUGGAUUCAUUCCUUAUCCACGCAAAUAUCAUAGUGCAACAAUCGUCGAUGGAAUUAUAUAUGUAUUUGGUGGCGUAAAUUCAGAAGGUCAAGAAACCAAUGAUUUAACCUCCUUUCAAAUAAGUACUCAAAGAUGGUUUAUGUUUCAAAAUAUGGGCCCUUCACCAAGCCCUCGGUAUUUACACACAAUGAGUGCGACAAAUGAAAAAAUUUUUGUUUUUGGUGGUGAUUCGAAAAAAUCGUUAAAAUCUGAUGAGGAUUGGAUAAUUCACGUUUUAGAUACAUCCAGGAUAAAAUAUCCUAAUAAAGAACAGCAAAUGUCAUCUCAACAACAAAUUCCUCAACAACAAAUUCCUCAACAGCAAUUUCCUCAACAACAAAUUCCUCAACAACAAAUUCCUCAACAGCAAAUACCUCCGCAACAAACAAUGUCUUCAUUCUCGACUCCUUUAUCAUCUCCUGUAACCCCUCAAACAUUUUUGCAGAGAACUCAACAAAUGUCUCCUCAACAAAUGUCGCCUCAACAAAUGUCUCCUCAACAAAUGUCUCCACAACAAGAGUUCAUUCCACAUUCCGGAUUUACUUCGCCUCAGUUACAGACAAUGGAUCCCUUAGAGAUUGAUAACUCUCGCCCAAUAAAAGUUUUACAAAAUAUGCGUCAAGGUUCAAUUCCUAGAACGCAAAAUCCUGAUAACAGAGGUCCUCCUUUGGAACAUGUAAUUCAUAUGGAACGACAACAAUCAAAUUCUAGUGUGGAUAGUUUUCAAAGACAAACUCCUCCAAUUAUUUCUCGUCAGCCUCUAACAAAUCUAGAACAUCAACGCAACAAUUCUAAUUCUUCUCCAAGAUCAUUUCAAAGAAAGAGAAUUAGUACUGAUGGUACUUAUUAUCCUGUAACCCCCGCAAUAAUGAGGUAUCCACGUCCUGCUCCAAAACCACCAACAGGAUAUAUUAUGCAACCUCAUUUAUUUGGAAAUUCAUCAGGAAUAUUUCAAAAUACAAUUUAUCAAAAUCAAUAUUAUCCUAAUACAAAUUCUUAUAUUGAAAGUAAUAUAUCAUCACCAACUAUACCAACAGAAGGUUAUACUAGAAUAUCUGAUACAGUUGAUCAUUCAUCAUCAAAUUUAAUGAAUAUAGAAUAUAAUGAAUUUAUGAAAGAACUUGAACAAAGAGAUAAUAUAAUUCAAAUUAUGUCAAAACGUGAAAUUUGGUUAAAAACUGAACUUUCUUUAGCUAAAAAAAUUGGUUAUACUAUAGAUAAUAUUGAAUUAGAUAAUGAUUAUGAUUCUUUAAAAAUUGAUUUAAAUCAAUUAUUAGAUAAUACUGAUCAAAAUUCGGAAAAAUUUUCUUUAUUAUUAAAUAUUAUAAAGAUUAAACAAGAAUUAACAAAAUCAAAGGCAACCAUAAUAAAUCAAGCUCAAAUAGCAUCACAAAAAAUUACCGAUUCAGAAAGAAUAAGAACAGCAGCAUUACAAGAAGCAGCAUAUUUUAAAGCAAAACUUUCAGCUUUAAAAAAUCAAUCAAAAUCAGAUUUAAUUAUAUUAGAAACAGAAAGAUCAGAAGAAUUAGAAAAAACAGCUGAAGAAGCUGAAAAUUCUCAUGCAAAAUCUUUAAUUGAAUUAGCUUCUUUACAUAAAAGAGCUACAUUAGCUGAAUCUGAAUUAAGAGAAAUUAAAAAUCAAUUAUUAAAUUCUAAUAUAGAAUUAAAAAAAUUUCAAAAUUUAAAUGAUAAAUCACAAUUACAAAUUAAUUCAUUACAACAAUCUAUUGAUAAUCUUAAAAUUACUCUUGAAAAAUCUAAUAGUGCUAUGAUAACAGCAAGUGAACGUGCAACAGAAUCUGAAACUUUAUGGAAACAAGCUCAACAAGAUAUUACAAAUUUAGAAAAAGAAUCUGCAGGUCUUAGAUCUCAAUUAGAUGUUAGAAUGAGAGAUUUAAGUCGUUCAGCUGCUAAAUCUGAUGAAUUAGAAAAAAUGUUAGAAAGAGAACGUAAAGAAAAUUCUGCUAUUAGAGAAAUGAUGAAUGAUGGUGUAAAUAAAUUAUUAAAUAAUUCUUUAUUAGAUGAUAAUUCUAUAAAAUCUUCAAAUGAUAAUUCAAAUUUAAUACAACUUGAACAAGAAAUUAUUGUAUUAAAAAAUAUUAAUGAAGAAUCUCAAAAAUCUGCUAAUGAAGCUACUAAUUCUUUAGUAGACGCUAAAGUUAAAAUUAUGCAAAUGGAAUCAAUUAUAAUGAAAUCAAGAGUUGAAAAUACUUCUUUACAAAGACAACUUGCUGAAAUUUCUGAUGAAGUUAUAAGAAUAAAAGGAAAAUUAACUGAAAAAGAAAGAAUUUUAGAAGAAAAAUCUCGUAUACUUGAAGAUACUGAAGUUAAACUUGGAAUGAUGAGAGAUGUAAUGUCUGAACGUGGAAUUUUAGAUGAUGGUAGUGGAAAUUCUAGUGUUGAUAGAAUUAAAGAAUUGGUAGCUCAAUGUCAAAAAUUAGAAGCUAUGCAUGCAAAUGAUCAAAAUGAUCUUAAAUCAUCUAUAAAGAAAUAUCAAGAAGCUUUGAAAAAAGUUCAAGAAGCUGAAAAUAAAUCAAAAACACUCGAAGAAGAACUUGAUCAAACAAUUAAAAAUUCUGUUGAAAAUGAUUAUAAUACUGCCAUGCAUUAUGUUCAAGGAACUGAAAAAAUGUUGAGACGUUUAAAAGAUGAAUUACAAAAGAGUAAAACUGAAGGAAUGAAAUAUAAAACACAACUUGAGUCUUUACAAAAACGUAAUGAAGAGUUGGAAGAAAAAUUACAAGAUGUACAGAAUCGAACAUCUGUAAGCAUCGGUGCUAGAGAAUCCAAAAUUCAUGAAUUUGCGAAUAAACAACUUGAACUUCAAAGAGAAGAUUUUAAAAAGGAAAUAUCUGAGAUUCAAGAAAAGUUGGAUCAAUCUCUAGAAGAAAAGAAAGCGCUUGAAAUUAAAUAUAAACAAAACAAAGAAGAGUAUGAUGAAAUUUUAUCAUUGAAUGACAUGUUAAAUCAACAAUUGGAUGAUGCGUUGAGAAAUUUAAAUAAUCAAGGAUGGACUAAACAAAAGGAAAUUUUGGAGGAUCAGAAUAAGGAAUUAGAGCGCAAACUCCUUGAUUCAGAAAAUAGAAUUACUAUUUUAUUAGAUCAAAUGGAAAAUAUAAAAGAUGAUAAAGAUAUAAAAAGUCCAAGAGAUUCUAAUUUGAUAAAUGCUUUGACUGAUGAAUUAGAUGAACUUAAAUCACAUUGGAAAGUUGAGAAUAAGGAGAGCAUCGAUUCUAGGUGGAGUCAAUUACCAAAUGAAAAAAUAAAUAUUGUUACUCCUUCAACGAUGGAUGAGUAUGAAAACAUGAUAGAUAAUUUAGAAAAAGCUGCUAUUAAUAGGAAUACUAAUUAA